GUAGCGACGUUUUGCGCAACCAAGACGCAAUCUUGAUGUCCUUGAGGGAAUCACGCGUGUGCCUAGUCACCGGCUAAUGCGAGCUCCGCUGGGUUAUUAUGAAUUAAAGCUAAAGAUCUGCAUGUGUUAGAGAUCUAAUUGCAGCCGAACUGGACAAUUUGGGGAUAUCGGAACAACUCUAUGUUUUAUUUAUCUAUCUGAGAGUAUUAAGGAAGAUGCAUUCCUUUCCAUUUUAAGUUAGUAAAACUUCUCAGUAUUUAAACAUGUUUUGGGGUACCUUACGCCAUAUAUAAACGGACAGAAGUGGCGAAUGAAGUCGUCAAGCGUUGAUCGAUCGCAAACUUGACAGGAAUGUAAGUUAAAUCGACCUAAACAUGAUAUCUCGUCAGAGUAAGGAUUUUCUCAUAAGGAUCGCCGGUUACUGGAAGCCGCUUUUCAGAGGCAGAUUUCUGAUCGUGACGAACACGGUGAGCAGCGGAGGGAUGUUGGCGGCGGGCGAUUUCAUCCAGCAGACACGGGAGAGACGGAGGACGCCCGGCCGAGCACGUGACUGGUCGCGUACAGGUUGUAUGUUUGCCGUCGGAUGCUCUAUGGGUCCCUUCAUGCACUACUGGUACCUGUGGCUCGACAAAUACUUUGUAGGCAAUGGCAUCAGUAAUGUCUGCAAGAAAGUGCUUACCGAUCAGCUGGUCGCAUCGCCAGCACUGGGAGCCUGGUACUUUCUAGGUAUGGGUAUGAUGGAGGGUCACACUUUGUUUGAGGCACAAGCAGAAUUCAGAGACAAAUUCUGGGAGUUUUACAAGGCAGAUUGGUGUGUUUGGCCAGCAGCUCAAAUGGUAAACUUCUACUUCUUGCCACCCAAGUUUCGUGUCCUUUAUGUGAAUAUAAUUACCCUGGGAUGGGACACUUACCUCUCCUACCUCAAACACAGAGACCAAGUAGAGGCCACAAAAGAAGCUGAGUGAACUGCCUGAAGAUGUCUGAAGAAAGAGAAUAUU